AUGAUGUUACCCUUGAUUCUUGCUGAAAUAACAACUCUGCAACACGAGACUACAUGUGUUACUGUUGCGACUUUGGAAAAAUUUGAGGUUGGACAGUCAGGCUGGUAUUAUGAUGGAUGUGUUGGUUGCACAAAAAGUGCGUCACUGCAGGAUGGAAAGCUGGUAUGUUAUUCCAAACACAUUAGCCCAACGCCCGUACCAAGAUAUAAACUCGAAGUCUUGGCUGUUGACGGUAAAUACAAGGCCAGAUUCAUUUUUUGGGAUGGAGAUUGCGUCAUGUUGAUUGGGAAGUCUGCUCUUCAAAUGAAAAAUGAAUUGAUAGAGGCCGAUGAAGAUGAUCCUCUUGAAUUCCCUUAUGCACUUGAUGCAAUUCUAAAGCAGGAAUUGGCUAUUAUGGCAGUUUUUCAGCCUAACAAAAGCAGACUUUCCGUCAUUAGUUUCAAAGUUGAUGAAGAUUUCCGUAAGAGAGUCAGAGGGAGUUUCAGCUCGGAAGAGGAACCUUUAUCUGCUCGUGCCGAUCAUGACCCUGCUGUUGGAAAUUCAACUCUGACUCCAUCAAAAAGAACUUUACCUAAUGUUGUUGAAGAUAUUGAGAGUGUCCAACUUUCCGCAACCAAGUUAAUUAAGGAUAUAAAGAAGGAGAAGUAG